AUGUACCAAGACACUUUCUUCGAUGAUGUAAAGAAACCCGUUUGUUUGCUUCCCUGGAACGGAAAAUUUGUUUUUCGGUUCAAGAACCACUGGCUUUCAUAUCAGACCCAGUUGCUAGAUGUCGGUCUACACAAAGAGGAGAUGAUAUCUAUUACGUGCUUGGGCAGAUCUGGUAAGGUGCUCAAAGACCUUGUUAUGGAAUGUCGAAAGCAGUACCUGAAACAAAUCGAGAACAAGACCACCGUAUUUGAGAAUCGCGGUGCAUACUGGGAGAAGGUGGUGACAAAAGAUGUGAGACCCCUGUCGACAAUCAUCAUCGACGAGGACCAGAAACAUCACUUGGUCAACGACGUGAAGCAAUUUCUCAACUCGGACACUCGCUUAUGGUACGCCGAGCGAAAGAUUCCUUACCGAAAAGGCUAUCUAUUGUAUGGUCCUCCUGGCACAGGAAAAUCAAGCUUUUGCGUCUCCGUGGCCGGAGAACUCGACGUCGACAUCUACACAGUCAGCAUCCCCAGUGUCAAUGAUAAGACAUUGCAAGAUCUGUUUGCCAAACUUCCACCAAAGUGUUUAGUCUUACUGGAGGAUAUAGACGCUAUUGGUGGGAGUCGGUCACAGGAAACCGAAGAGAUUGAUGGCGAAACUUCGGGAUCCAAAAAGACGGUUACGUUAUCUGGGCUUUUGAAUACCCUUGACGGGGUGGCUUCUCAGGAGGGUCGAAUCCUCAUCAUGACUACGAAUCAUAAAGAGAGGCUGGAUCAAGCGCUUAUUAGACCAGGUCGCGUUGACGAGAAGGCUGAAUUCCCCCUUGCCGACGCAAAGAUGAUAAUCUAG